AUGUCGGCCUCCAAUAGCGAAAAGAACUCCCUGGACAAGAACACUGCGUCACCCAAUGCGCCCGGACCAGUGAAAAAAAACAACCAGCGCAUUCUUCAGCUAGAUGAACUUUCUGACGCUGAUAGAGCCUUGGCCGAGCAAUUCGGUUACCAACCGGUCUUCAAGCGCGAAUUCGGUUAUCUAUCCACGUUUUCGUUCGCUUUCAGUAUUUCUGGCCUCUUUGCCACCAUCGCGACUACCUUUUCGUAUCCCCUCGAAGCCGGAGGCUCCUCCGCUGUAAUUUGGUGUUGGCUGAUUUCCGGUUUUGGUUGUAUGUGUAUUGCUGCCUCGGUUUCCGAAUUAGUUUCGGCCUACCCAACAAGCGGUGGCCUGUAUUUCACCGUCUCCCGUCUUGCUCCCUCGCGAUGGGUGCCAUCAAUUAGCUGGCUCACAGGUUGGAUCAACCUGCUGGGUCAGGUCGCUGGUGUUGCUUCGUCAGAGUACGGAGCGGCCCAAAUGCUGUUGGCGGCAGUGUCUAUGGGCCGGGACUUCACCUGGAGUCCAUCAACUGGAGAAACUGUCGGCGUAAUGGCUGGUUUGACUGUUCUGUGUGGUAUUCUCAACUCCAUACCUACCGGUUGGAUGGAGAAGAUGACUAGGUCGUAUGUCAUUUUCCACUUGCUUGUGGUAGUCACCUGCAGUAUUGCGCUGCUAGCCAAAACCGAAGACAGACACGAUGCAAAGUACGUCUUUACCAAUAUUGACAAUGCGUCUGGAUGGACUCCAAACGGCUUCGCGUAUCUAUUUGGAUUCUUGUCUGUCUCGUGGACAAUGACCGAUUAUGAUGCGACAGCACACAUCGCCGAAGAGAUCCAAAAUCCGGAAGUCAAAGCCCCCUGGGCAAUCUUCCUUGCUAUGGCCACUGUCUAUGUUGUCGGGUGGCUGUUCAACAUUGUAUUGUGUUUCUGUAUGGGCGACCCAAGUACAAUCCUCAACUCUCCUAUGGAUCAGCCCGUGGCCCAGAUUUUCUACAACAGUCUUGGCAAGGCUGGCGGUCUCGUUUAUGCUUCAUGCGCCGUUGUCCUCUUGCAAUUUAUUUGCCUCACUGCCACUCAAUCUCUCGCUCGUACGGUCUUUGCCUUUUCUCGCGACCGCUUGCUCCCGUUUUCCAAUAUCUGGGCCAAGGUCAACCCUAUAACCGGAACUCCGCUCUACGCCGUGUGGUUCUCCGUCUUCUGGUGCAUUGCCAUCAACUUGAUCGCUCUUGGUAAUUAUGCCGCUAUCGAGGGUGUCUUCAACAUCACUGCCAUUGCCCUUGACUGGUCGUACAUGAUUCCCGUGAUUUGCAAGAUGGUUUUUGGUCGAUUCGAACCUGGCCCGUGGCACAUGGGUAAAUUUUCGUACUGGGUCAAUCUUUGGGCUGUCUUGUGGACGGCUUUUGUCUCGGUCAUUUUCUUCUUCCCAACGGCGCAACCUGUUACUGCUGAAAACAUGAAUUAUGCCAUUGCCUUCAUGGCCUUCAUUUUCCUCUGUUCUACCGUUUACUGGUUUAUAAGAGGAAGGAAGUUCUAUGUUGGUCCACUCAAGGAAACCACAAUUCAGGGAGAGGGUGGCAUUUUGGAGGCGGUUUCUGUCAAAAAUACAGAGCAAAAAGAACAAACUAUUUCGGCUUGA